AGUGAAAAAACAGGCGAACUGUCAUGCCAGAUAUUGCCACCACAAAUGCGAUGAUGAUUCGAAGAUUACUGCAACGGAACCGUAUUCUUGGUCGGAUUGGACAUAAAUUCCAGUAUUUCAAGUAUAUUUAACGGCAUCAUCAGCUUCAACCCAUCAAAAUUCUCAACUAUACAAUUUUCCCAUUUACAUUCCAAAAUUAGAAUAUCAAACCGAAUUCGGAAGGGUUGUUUCGGCUACGGUAAAUUCGAAGAGAAGCGAGUAAAGGAGAUGUACACUUAAAUAAAUCCCCUGUUUAGGAAAUCCCAAAUAGCAAAACCCCAAAUCCUCUCUUCGCCACUAAGGAAUCGACCUCUUGUAGAAGGAGAACACUUGGGAAGAACUUGAAGGGUCUGAUUUGGCGGCUUCAAUGGCUGUCGCCGAUGAGAAGGUUUUGACCCUUUGUAGUAUUCCCUUUUGGCAAAACAGCAAUGCUCCAUCUUCUUCUUCUUCUUCAUCGUCUGUUAUUCAUAGAGUUCAUUUGCAAAGUAAUGGUCAUAAGCCAGCUGAGCAUUCGAGUUCUCAUCCUGGUGUGGUUUCGUCAAUUGCGAAAUCUUUACUUCCUACCAAACGAAGGCUUCGUCUCGAUCCUUCCAAUAAGCUCUACUUUCCAUUUGAACCUGGGAAGCAGGUCAAGAGUGCUAUUGAGAUAAAGAAUACGAGCAAGAAUCAUGUGGCUUUCAAAUUCCAAACGACCGCACCGAAGAGCUGUUACAUGCGUCCUCCUGGUGGUAUACUUGCUCCUGAUGAAAGUAUUAUUGCAACCGUAUUCAAGUUUGUGGAGCCACUAGAUAACAAUGACAAGCAUGUAGAUCAUAAGAAAAGGGUCAAGUUCAAGAUUGUGAGCUUGAAAGUGAAGGGCAACAUGGACUACGUGCCGGAGCUGUUUGAUGAGCAAAGAGACCAUGUAGCAGUUGAGCAAAUACUGCAAGUUGUUUUUCUUGACCCGGAUCAUUCUAAUCCUGCACUGGAGAAAGUCUUUCGACAACUAGCUGAGGCUGAAGCUGCAACUGAGAUGCGCCAAAAGCCUGCUGAAGAAACAGACCCGAAAAUUGUUGGUGGAGGACUCGUCCUCGAUGAAUGGAAAGAAAGAAGGGAAAGAUAUCUAGCUAAGCAACAGGUUGGAGGUGUGGAUUUGGUGUAGAAAUCAGUUGCUUGUGUCAUGGAAGUUGAAAUCACAUUCAUGUGUGAACUUUUCAUUGUGCCAUUUGUCAAAGGAGCGGCCAUCGACGUUAGCAAUCAAAGGCGAAUGGCUUAACGACUAGAUUUGUGAUGGAGUUUCAUAAUAUUGUGUUUGUUUGAUUGGGUUGCUGUUUCUCAAAGUUGAAGGUUUUUCAGUUGAUUUGAAACACUGUCAUCAUUGAUGUAAAUAGUGGCUGUGAUGUUGCUUCGCCCUAAAGUUUGACACCAAAAUUUGGCAAAUCUCUCAUUUUAUUUGAAAAUGCCUUUUCUUAUUUGAUGGU